GACCUGGAGUAGUUUGGAGUCACAGACAGACGGGAACUUCAACGGUUAAUUCAGACACCAAGUUGUGUGACUGGCGGAGAAUGGAAACUAUCUAACCUUACUCACAUCUGUGAUCCCACGUUUUAAAACAUGUGCGUGAGGCAUGGAUAGGAACUAAAACCACCAUGCCGCUGAUUUAGUGCGGUAGUGUGAGUUUAAAAAGAGUCUUCGGAGAAGUUGGGAGAGAACCGGUUUUCCCUGGUACCCUACCGCCGCUUUUGUGUCAGUGAAUGGUGGGGUGUUUUUCCUGUUUGACAGGGCCGAUUGUCACGGAGAAGUUAACGUUUCAACUGCCGCACACACGGGCUCAUCGUCGCCAGAUCAGCUCAGAUGGACUUGAGAUAACGCCGCCAGAAGUUCCACCCUUGUCCCAGCCUCUCACAUUCACCCAGAAUGGCAGAUCUCACCGGGCUGAGCUCUGAAGGGGCCGGGGCAGGCAUUGCCGAGGUCGACGUCUGCAGCUUGGAGAUAGAGAGGAAGUAUGAUGUCAUCCCUGCCGUCAUCUGCUCCAUGUGUUGCCUGUUUGGCAUCAUCUACUGCUUCUUUGGCUACCGCUGUUUCAAGGCUGUCAUGUUCCUGUCCGGUCUGAUGUUUGGCUCCGUCAUCAUUUUCUUGCUUUGUCACAAGGAGCACGUGCUGGACACCCAGCUGAGCGUGGAGGCCAGUGCAGGGAUCGGCCUGGGUAUCGGCCUGCUGUGCGGCCUGGUCACCAUGCUGGUGCGAAGCGUGGGCCUCUUCAUGACCGGCCUGCUGCUCGGCCUCCUCCUGGCUCUCGCUGCCCUGCUGGUCACUCACCAGUUCUACACUCCCACCACAGUCUGGGUCCCUCUGGGUGCACUUCUGGGAACGGGCAUGCUGUUUGCUGUGCUGACACUGCAGUGGCAGAAGCUCUUCACCAUGCUCUCCACGGCUGUGUUCGGAGCAGCUAUCAUGACAGUGUGUGCUGAUUAUUUUGUGGAGAUGCUGGUGUUGGCCACGCAUGUGUAUGACUGCUUGCGCCUCACGCCUGGGCCACGUCUCUGCUGGUACAGCUGGGUCAUUCUGGGCAUCUGGCCCGCCCUCAGCCUUAUAGGAGUACUGGUCCAGUGGAAACUGACAGAUGACAGCUUCUCACACACUGAGGUUGUCAUCAGCCGGAGACAGAAGAGGGUCCAGCUGAUGCGGAUCCGAGAGAAGGACGCCAAGAAGCGACAGCAGGCAGGUGGGCAGGAAGGCACGUACCGCCGUAAACCCACCCCAGUGAAACGUUACGCUGGGGAUCUACUGGCACCGAGCUACCUGCAAAGUCUGCGGGACAGGCAAAUGGGCACAGGCACUUCCCUUAGCAGCCUGGGGACUGCCAACCACACCAUGAUCGACAUGGACUAUGACACCGGGUCCACCGCGCCGCUUACAGCAACAACCCCAGUCGUCAGGGUCUAGGCGAACCAGAAAUAAGAAGGGACUACUCAGUGCUCUCUGGUUCUCCAACUGUGUCUUCCUAACGUAGAGUAGAACCAACAAACUGCUCCUUCCAGCUAAGGGUUUAUUCUACCCUUAAAUUGAUUUGGAGCGAGGUGUGUCUCCUGAGCGUUCAGUGGGAGAGACUGCUGCUUCCUGGGGAGAACUAAGAGGGGAAAACUAUAACCACUCAGAGAAACACUAAAAAACAGAUUCUAACAAAGUAAGGUCCUUAUUUUCCUCUCAUCAUGUAUUAAAUACAUAAACAGCAAGUACGAGCCUCAAAUUUCUGUGUAUUUCUGUUUUGGUAGUGAAUAUGAGAAAGCAAUUUGUUUGACUUUACAUGUACUGUACUUAAAAAAGUUAGUCAUUGCCAUGAAGUGUUGUGUUAUUACCCGUCUUACCUGUUUAACUGUGUGCUGGUAGGAUUUGUGAAAGUUUAUCAUUAAAAUGAUUCUGUGUAUUUUUUUAGCUGGAGUUUGGUAUGAGAGUAACAUAUGACCCACAGAUGACAAAGUGAAGCAACGAAUGGUGCAAAUAAAAAACAGUAGGUGAAGAAUUUAGACUGUUGUGUAUGCUUGUGGAAUAAACUUUUUAUAAUUUAAUUUAUAUAAUGACUAAGUACAUGGUAGGGUUGGAAAAAAAAGGACAAAAAACAAAGCAUGGUUGUUAAUUUGUAGAUUUUUAAAUAAUUAUCCACGGUGUUGUUUGAAUUGUGCAGGGACAAUGCACUUGUUGCCUGAAUCUGUAAAUACCUGUUGAUAGAAAUUUAAAUAAAUGUG